AUGUUGGGAUUGGACUAUCUCUGGGUCGAUCGGCUCUGUAUCGUUCAGGAUUCGGUAGACGACUGGGCUCACGAAGCGGCUCUUAUGACAUACUACGAGCCUGGAGGCGACAAUCUAGUCUACAUCAAGCGCCCAAGCCACGCGUCCCUGUCUGGUCGGGCAUCAGACAUGACGCAGCCCAUCGACUAA